CGCAAAUGGUCUUGAGGAUCGAAAAGCCUGCGUCUGAAUGUACACUCUAUGACCUUCGAAAGCUAAACGAAUCAAUCAUCACCAAUUCAGGUCUCAGCUCUCACAGUGUUUACAUCAGUGGAGUGGCCAACAAGUGUGUGGAGGUGGUGGUGAGGUUUACUCCCAGUGUGGUGGGCUGGGUACUAGCAGCUCUGACCCCCCACUUCAUGACCACCCACCAUCUAUCAGAGGUGACUGUGGAUGGCAGCCAACUCUCCCUCCUACAUGACCAGAGCUGUGACCUGAAUGAUGAGCUGAUCAGUGCCAGUAGAAAAGGAGAUCUGAUGAUGGUUGCAUCUCUACUCAACAGUGGAGCUGAUAUCCAGUCUGUCGAUGAGGAAUUAGAGACUCCUCUGGAUAAGGCCAGCUGCUAUGGUCACCUCCAGGUAGUUCGUCUGCUGACUGGCAGAGGGUCAGAGGUGGAGUGUAGGGACGAGGUGAGACAGUGGCAAGAGCUUAUGUCAUGAAAUGAUGCUAGAUUGUGUGGUCAUAUCAUGGACAGAGGAAACCUCUGAUUAGGUCAUUCUCAUCUAAUGACACCAUACUGUUCAGAAACUCCAGCUGCAAGGAGAGUGAAUG